UGUCUGUACGGACUGACGUGCCAUGCCGCUGGAUCCGGAUGUGGCUGCAUGUUUGUUACGCCGGAAACACAUACCGCACCAGCACCUUUAAUGCCGCAGUACAAGUAUGCAAUUUUGUUGACAACAAAUUUAACAAUAGCCGCACGGUGUAUGGGACAUUGUGCAAUCGCAGCAUCAAUGUCAGUGUUGGCAUGAUCAUACGGAAUUAAAUAACCACUCACUGACAAGAUUUCCAAGAUGGUUCACGUAUAUAUAAAAGAAAUCAGUGAUGACUGUUUCGAUGUUCUCUGGGCACAAAUUAAGAAGAAUUCUACCGCGGAACGGUUUGUCGAACAGUGCCGGUAUCGUGUUUUACGGGUUCACUCCAGUAAGAUUCCAUCGAUAUGGCCUCACUUGUGGGAAAACUUGCCGUUGUAACAAUCUACCUCGGAAUUGCUUAUGCGGCUAGUAAGGAUGAAGUCUGUUCGGGUCUGGCCGAUUGUUCGGAUGCCGGCACCACAUGUUUUAAGGGAAGAUGCGUCUGCUGGGUGGACAUGAGUUUUUCCGUGGGAAUGACCUGGGCGUGUGAUGUUGAUUCGGCGUGUGAAGUUCUUUUCCCGGGUCACGUGUGCCGGCCGUCCACUCAGUGUACCAAAUUCCCCAAUAAACUGGGAUACUGCCAACCCAUCCAAGCUCUACAACAGCCGACGAAGGCCACCAACUUCAAUUUUGGAUUAUUCAGAUAAAACGUUUAGGGAAUUUUUUUAUUUCAGAUUUUGUGUUCCCAAUUUAAUCGAUUUGUACUUCCGGCGCAUAGCCAACACUUGUGAGCACACACUUAUUGUCUCUUAGAAUCCUGAUAAAUUUUGUUAAUUGUGACAAUUGAAUUUUGUGAUGAUGCAAGCACUGGUGAUUAAUCCCAUUGUGAUGUGAACGUGAAUGGUCCAAGAAAUUACGGUCGAAUG